GUGGAAGCCAGUGGAGGGAUUGGCAGAGAGGGGUGGAGGGCACUGAAUGGAGGCCAGUGGAGAGAUUGCAGAGAGGGGUGGAGGGCACUGAAUAGAGGUCAGUGGAGGGAUUGGCAGAGAGAGGUGGAGGACACUGAAUGGAGGCCAGUGGAGGGAUUGGCAGAGAGGGGUGGAGGACACUGAAUGGAAGCCAGUGGAGGGAUUGGCAGAGAGGGGUGGAGGACACUGAAUGGAGGUCAGUGGGAGGGAUUGGCAGAGAGGAGCAGCAGACACUGAAUGGUAAGCCAAUGAGGGAGUUGCAAUGUUGCGGAGGUUGAGACAGCAUGAUUGGACAGGGAUUGAAUGUGGGCCUGAAAGGAGAGUUCAGAAUCCAGGGUUACAGCUAUCACCCUGGCAUGCAG